AUGACUUCGACGGAAAGUACACGCGGAAUUAUUUACAAAGAUCAACCAUGUUGGAUACCAUCACACAUGAAUUAUGGAAAACUUGCUAUUGACCGCAUGUUGAGAGCAAAAGAUAAAGUGGCUUUGAUCGAUGGGAAGACGGGGCAACAAAUAACGUUCGGUGAGGUGGUACAGUUGGUAGUGAAUGCGGCGUCGUCGUUAAUACGCUUAGGUGUGAAACGUGAUGAAGUGGUUGCCGUGUGCAGUGAGAACAGAACGGAAUUCUUGAUUACUGCAAUCGCUACGUGGUGUAGUGGUGCUACCGUCACUUUUCUCAACUCCGCCUACAGCAAAAAUGAAUUGGAGCACACAAUAUCAAUCUCAAAGCCGAAAUAUGUAUUCCUUUCACCUGAUACUCACAAUAAAUUCUAUAAUACUAUAGUUGGGACAAAGAUCGUAGAAAAAUUCUAUAUAUUCGGCGAUUCCGUCAAUGAUCCUAACAUUUCGAAGUUUAAUAACUUAAUUAAGACGUAUGUUAAUAUCGAUAGUUUCAAACCAGUUAGCGAUCCUGUUAAUGGACUGGCACAGCCGGCUUUGAUUUUGUAUUCAUCUGGUACAACGGGACUGCCUAAAGGAGCAAAACUGACGCAUUUGAACUUAAUCACUACUGUUAACCAACCGAGCCACAUCACGAAAGACCUAAUCUUCCUGUCCAACGCUCCGUGGUCUAACACCUUUGGAAUCAUGAGCACAAUGGAUGAGCUGGUCCACAAUCGAACCAUUGUAUAUCUGACUAGAUUCAACGUGGAGCAAUACCUCUCAUGUAUUCAAAAGUACAGAAUUGGAGUAUUAUUAGCAGUCCCUCCAUUAGUAGUUACGCUUACAAAAUCACCACUAGUACAGAAUUACGAUGUGACCACAGUUGAAAUUGUAUACAGUGGAGGAGCUCCUUUAGAUCUAGGUGUAAUUAAUGAGAUUAAACAAAGAUUCAAGGGUUUAAAACACGUUUUACAAGGCUAUGGAAUGACAGAAGUAACAGGAACCUUAACUGAAGAGACAGACGUUGAAACAAAACCAGGAAGUGUCGGCAAAAUUGCAAUUGGAAACAUCGUAAAGAUAGCAGAUAUUGAAACUGGUAAGGCAUUAGGGCCUAGACAAGAAGGUGAAGUUCGCGUAAAGGGUGCGACGUUAUUUGGAGGCUAUAUUGGAAAGAACUUAAAGGACGAAUUAGACGAAGAAGGAUUUUUCAAAACUGGAGAUAUUUGUUACUAUGAUGAAGAGGGCUACUUUUUCUUCGUAGACAGAAUUAAAGAAUUGAUUAAGUACAAAGCUGGACAAGUAGCUCCUUCAGAAUUAGAAGCAAUUUUACUUCAGCAUCCAGGUGUUAAAGAUGUUGGAGUUAUAGGGAAACCAGAUCCUAUGGUUGGUGAACUUCCUACAGCUUUCGUAGUGAAAAUGCCAGGAUCAACAGUUACUGACAAGGAACUGGUCGAUUUUGUGGCUGAUAAGGUGUCAUCGUGGAAGCAAUUGCGGGGUGGCGUCUAUUUCGUAGAAGAUAUACCAAAGACUCCUAGCGGCAAAAUAUUAAGAAGAAUAUUACGUGAUUACCUUAAGAAACCUGCUAGCAAACUGUAG